AACUGACCCCAGCCAGCAGGACAAGCUCCCCUCCCCAUUUCUCCCGGAGAUGCCAACUGCCCCUGACCUCUGACCCCAACCCCACCCUCCGCCCCCCCAACGCUGCUGACCCCCGGCCUGACACCGGAGUGACCCCGGCUGCAGGACCAGCUCCCCUUCCCAUUUCUCCCAGAGAUGCCAACCGCACCUGACCUCUGACCCCAGCUCCUGACCCCAGCCCCGACCCCCGACCCCUGCUCCGGCCGAAGGAGAGAGGAAACCUCAGGGGUCUCAGCAGGGGCCACAGCCUGAAGCAUGAGGGGUGAGCUGGACAUCACGUUUCACCGUAGGCGGCGGAUCAAACUGAUGGACUAUGCCGUGACCACGGUGGGGAUCGCCCUGUUCUGUGUCUUCCUGUACAUGGCCGUGAAGAAGCUCUGGGACAUAUCUAGCAGCAAGCCCACCUCCAUCCUCCUCUCUGACCUGACCUCGGCAGUCUCCCACCAUGAGCCGCUCCUGUCCCCCUGCUCCCCCCGAUCCGCUGCCCCCACCCCAGGCUGAGUGCCUGGCUUCGUUCCCCCACCCCCGGACCCGGAGAAGUGGGGUUACUCGCCCCCCAUGACUCUCACCACCUUCUCCAUGGUCAAUCAGGACACCCACCCCAGAACCUGCUAUCCAGUGGGGUCCAUCCUGGGGUAGAACAGGAAGCCGACAUCGGCAGCGGGGUGGGGAGGUCCCGGAUGGGGGGCGAGGAAGGGUUCCCAGGAACACGCUCCUGUCCUGGGAAGCGUGAAUUCCCAAACUGGAGCGAAAGGGGUCGGGGGUUGACUGGCAAGCUGGGGAAACUGUCCCCGGGGUCUAGGGAAAUAAAGUGUCCUGCUUCCACAGGUAGCUUUGGCUCCUACUGACCCCCUGACAGGGACCACCCACUCAGCCCCUGCCAGGUCUUGCCCCCACAUUACCUCCCCACCCCGCCUUUGCCAGUAAAUGGGGAGCAAAGAAAGAGGGUGGGAAGAGCCAGCAUGCCAUGAGCAGGCCCUCACGCCCUCCUCCUGACAAAGCAAAAGCCCAUCUCCUCUGCCCCUCCACUCUCUUCUCCCUCCCUGGGCCUGGAUUCCCAAAUUACUAACACGAGACGUGGGUGGGGGUCCCAUGAAAGGGGUCGUGUGGACGAGGGGGGCCGGGAGAGCUGAGGGGGCCAGGCUCCGGGCCCAGACUGAGGGUUUCCCGCUUACCACACUGGGAUGGGAGCUGUAAUUUUCCAGUUAUAUAUAGCGGGAGUAGGGGUUGGGCCCCCGAACCGGAGGCUAUAAAGCCUCAUUCCGCCCUGGGCCGCUCCUGGGAGGCCACAACCGGAGCCCAUGGAAGCAUCUCACCCCCACGAGGACCGCCAAUCCAUGGAGCCUCACAAGCCCACCCCCGCCCCCACGGUCAUCAACAUGGGGACCCCCGUCCUCCCCAAGGACUACAUGGUCUGGUCCAUCUUCAAUACCAUCUACCUGAACCUCUGCUGCUUGGGUUUUAUGGCGCUGGCCUACUCCAUCAAGGCCCGGGACCAGAAGGUGGUGGGCAACGUGGCGGCCGCCCGCCACUUGGCAUCCAAGGCCAAGUGCCUCAACAUCCUGGCCACCCUGUGGACCUUGGUGCUGCCCCUGCUGCUGGUGGCCUUGCUGGUGACUGGCGCCCUGCACCUCUCCAAGCUGGCCCAGGGCUCCAUGAGCUACUUCAGCGUCAAGUUCGACGAGGCCGACUACAACUAGCCCCCUCUGCGGCCCACCGUCCCCUCCCCGAGCCCUCUUCCUCCUCUUUGGCCGCCCCCCCCGGGAAAGGGACAGCAGAAGGAGGUCGGGGGAAAGGGGCAGGGCUCCCCCUCAAACUGGGGGGCAACCCCUGAGCCACCCGCCGCCCCCCUUCAUCUUCCUUCAACUUCCUUCAUCGCUCCAUCCGCUGGGGCCGCGAGAAAUAGUUCCUCAGUGGGUCUUCCCCAAAGCAGAUACACACCAUACACAAACACACAUCCUGAUCUCCCAUCGCUCUCCUCUUUUGCCACCCCCCCAGGAAAGGGACAGCAGAAGGAGGUCGGGGGAAAGGGGCAGGGCUCCCCCUCAAACUGGGGGGCAACCCCUGAGCCGCCCGCCGCCCCCCUUCAUCUUCCUUCAACUUCCUUCAUCGCUCCAUCCGCUGGGGCCGCGAGAAAUAGUUCCUCAGUGGGUCUUCCCCAAAGCAGAUACACACCAUACACAAACACACAUCCUGAUCUCCCAUCGCUCUCCUCACUCGGGGGGCUGCCCAGACCUCCGACCACCUCACCCGAGGACUGAGCCUCCCUCCCGUCCCUCUCCCCGCGAAGUGCGCGGCCCCGACAUUUGUCCCUCUGCAUCCUGGGGGGCUAGUUGGGAGGCCCGGCCCAAGUGGUUGUACUGAAGGGGCUCCCCUUCCUCAUUAAACACACCCCUU